GGUAACAGCUUCGGUACGUCUCGUUACAACGACAACUAUGGCAGCAACUACGGCAGUUCUGCUGUCAACGACAUCUACGGAAUCAACGCGGGCACGUCUGGCAGCUACGGUCCUUCAGGCUACAAUGACAACUAUGGCAUCAACACAGGAUAUGGCUCUAGCGUUGGCAAUUAUCAAGACCCCAACAAUGCAGUUGGCACAUUCAACCCAGUCUCUCGCGUCAGCAAUGGAAUCAAUGGGUCGCCGUUUGGCGAGUUUGUCGAUAGCACAGACAUCACCCUUUCCAAUCCCAUCUUUGACACGAAUACGGCUGUACCAGGCAUCGUCGACGCGAGUGUCAGUCCACCAGACCGUGUAUCCAGAAUGGUUUCUAUGCUUGGGGAAGAGCAGUCGCUGAUUCAACAGCUGACGAGAUUGGCGACCGAUGCAGACGGCAAUGGCUCACUGGACAGGACGGAGUUUGACACACUUACGCGACGAUUGCUGACAGUUGCCACGCAAUGUCAACAAGUGCGUCGACAACUUCAAUUGGAUCCAGCAGUAGCCACCAUCUCUCGUGCGGCACUGCCUCGUUUGCAGGAUAUGCAGACUGAGCAAAGCAAUUUCAAGUCACUCGCUAUGACCUUGCAGAACCCGAAUGCGAGUAUCAAAGACUUGCGUCGGACACUUGUUGAUCUCGACCUUGCAGUGAGUAGGAGUACGAGGCGGACGGGCGCGUUGCUGGCUUAAGAAGCAGCGAAGUAGUCCCGCAGCUCUAUAGAUGAUAAUAGCACGCGACAUCAGAUAGUUCCUUAGACGGG